GGCCCGUCCUCCACCGAUUCCCUCGUUGAUCUGGACCAUGUGGACGUCCGUUUUUCAGCUGGUUUGCACCGGCUGGUACCUGCAGGUAGUCGGAUGCUACCCAUCAUGCACUCUGAGAGGACAAAUCGCCAACUGCGCCGCACGGAGGCUUCACUGGGUUCCAGCCCUGCCGUCCCACAUCACCCACCUGUACCUGGGGAUGAACCACAUCCGAGAGAUCAACAGCACGUCGCUCCGAGACCUCAAGGAGCUGCAGGAGUUGGACCUCCGACUUCAGACGUCAGCGCUCGUCAUCAGGAACGAUUCCUUCCUCAUGCAGAGGAAGUUGACCACGUUGAUCCUGGUUUUUAACAAAGGCCUCCAGCUGGAGCCGCGGGCCUUUGCAGGUCUGGUCGGUUUGAGAACCCUGUCGCUGGAGCGUUGUGGUUUGACAAGCUCCAUACUGGAGGAGAACUAUCUGCAGCCGCUGUCGUCUCUGGAGGAGCUGGACCUCGCCGGGAACCACGUGGCGAGGCUCCGGCCCGCUCGGUUCUUCUCAGAUCUCACAAACUUCACGCAGCUGAGUCUCAAACUCAACCGCAUUGAAGAACUAUGCGAAAAUGAUCUGGUUGGUUUCAGGGGGAAAUAUUUCACCGUCCUGAACUUGCACGCCAACCAGUUCUUCAAAUCAGAUUUCAGCUCGGAGGGUUGUGGGAACCCGUUCAGAGGGAUUAGCUUCGGUACCCUGGACUUGUCCGGCAACGGGUUGAACAUGAUAAAAGCAAGACGGCUCUUCACAGCAAUCGAUGGGACUGCGGUCGGCCAUUUAAUCUUCUCUCAAAGCCUCGCCAGAGGCUUUUCUCAUGACAACUUACCAGACCCCGAUGAGACCACGUUUCAAGGCCUCAAGAACAGUUCGGUUAUCAUUUUCGAACUCUGUCAAAGUUCUGUGUUUUCCUUGAAAAGCCGUGUCUUCAGCGCUCUGAAAAGUGCAGUGAUUAUCGACAUCUCGGAAAACAAGAUAAAUCAGAUCAGUCGAAACGCCUUCAGUGGUCUUCAGUGGCAUCUAAAAAUGCUCAACUUGUCGUGCAACCUGCUGGGAGAGGUGCACUCUUACACGUUUGCCGGUCUCACCCAACUCAAGCUGUUGGAUUUGUCGUACAACCACAUCGGUGCCCUGGGAUACAAGUCGUUCAGCGGUCUCCCCAACCUGGAGACGUUGCACCUAACGGGGAACUCUCUGCGAGACCUGGGUUCUCCCGCCUCGUUGCCGAGCUUAAACAUUCUCGACUUGGGCGGUAAUAAGCUAAAACACCUCAGCCGCAUCGCCAACUUGGGCGUGAACAGCAUCUACUUGGAUAUCAGAGAGAACAGACUCGACAACUUGGAAGAUGUUUAUACAAUUUUAACCCAUUUCAAGCAUCUCCAGUUCUUAUUUUAUGGCGGAAAUUUAAUCAAGUGGUGCACUUUGAACGAGAAAUUCACAAUAAAUGAGAAUAACAGCCUGCAGUUGCUGGAUCUCCACGGCUGCUCCCUGCAGAUCGUUUGGGCGCAGGGCGAUUGCCUCGACCUGUUCGAUCGUCUCAGGAAUCUGCGACACCUAAACAUGAGCCUCAACUCCCUCUCAAGUCUCCCCCGGGGAGUUUUCAGGGGUCUCAGCUCCAUCGCGGAGAUCGACCUUUCGUCUAACGCCCUGACCUACCUGCAGUCGGACGUCUUCCCGGCCAGCCUGACAACCCUCCACCUGUCAAACAACUUCCUGGCCUCCCCCGAUCCCUCGACCUUCCGCUCUCUCACUUCUGUCAGUCUGUCAGACAACCGCUUCCACUGCGACUGCACCCUGGAGAGCUUUUUGACGUGGCUGAACGUGACCAACGUCACCUUCCUGAACCCGGUCCAGGAGUACAGAUGUGAGUUUCCAGCUGCUGUUCACGGCCUUCCACUGCUGGACUACUCGAUGAUCGCCGAACCUUGUGAGCAAGACGACGAAAAGGCCGUUCAAGCUCUCAGAUCUGCUCUCUUCGUCCUGUCCUCCACCCUGAUAGUCGUCGUUGCACUCAGCGGGGUUGUUUACGGCCGCCUCCGAGGCCAAAUAUUCAUCAUCUACAAAAAGGUUCUGGGACGCGUUCUCGAGGGACCGAAGGUGGCGCCGGCCGAGAACAACUGGCUUCACGACGUGUUCCUGUGCUUCAGCAACAGCGACUACAAGUGGGUGGAGGAAGCUCUACUGAAGAAGCUGGACCAGCAGUUCUCAGAGGAAAACGCCUUCCGUUGCUGUUUUGAGGCCAGAGACUUCCUCCCCGGCGAGGAUCAUCUCUCAAACAUCCAAGAUGCCAUCUGGGGCAGCAGGAAGACUUUGUGCGUCGUCUCCAAGGAGUUCCUUAAAGACGGGUGGUGCUUGGAGGCGUUCAGCCUGGCCCAGGGCCGGAUGCUGGAGGAGCUGACCAACAUCCUGAUCAUGUUGGUGGUGGGGAAGGUGGCUCACUACCAGCUGAUGAGGUGCAACGCAGUCCGAGCAUUCGUCCAGAGGAGAGAGUACCUCACCUGGCCCGAGGACCCCCAGGACCUGGAGUGGUUUUACGACCGACUCAGCGCACAAAUCCUCAAAGAGACCAAGGUGGAAAGGUUUGCAGUGGACAAACCCGAGCCGGCAAAACCUGGACGCCGACGAGACAGCAAGGACGGGAUUCAACUCGAGGACAUCGGGGCGGUCGCGAACUGAACUCUGCGUGUGAAAUAAUAAUAUAUAUGCGCCAAGGGGAAAUGAAAUCUAUACAGAGAUGCAACAUUUACGGUUCCUGAACUGCUGCGCUUGGCUUCUAGGACCUCCGUUGUUGUUGCUUUUCUCCCCCUUCACACUCUUUCUCUUAGCAUUUUGUCACGUAUACCUCCUGCAGUGCAUUUAUAAAAAGCUCUACUUUGGUUUCAUUAAUAACAUCAAUCCUGCGCCUGCAGACCUCUCUUCAUCCUGAAAAAUCCUUACCUUUGUUUCCUUACUUUGGAAGGUUCGUAAUGAGAUAAAAAUCGCCAUUAAGGCGUACGCUACUACGACAACUAGUGAUGCACCGAUUGUUCGGUAACCGAAAUUGUUCGGCCGAAAAUGGCAAAAAAACACUUUCGGUGUUCGGCGGAAUAAGUGGGAAAAAAAACGAACAAUUAAUAACGGUGUUGUAAUAUAAGGAAAUAGACUGGCAGCUCCGUAACGGUUGCACCACAAACAUAAAUCGUUGGCCAACCUGACAUUCACCAGCAGGUGGAACCAAAACAACAUAAAUCAAUCUAUUACAGGUGCGUUUAGAUGACGUUAUUGUUCUUUGCUGGUAUAAUGUCUGCUGGAAUAUUAAGUUAAAAAAUGUUCAGUUUUUUAUGUUCAACAAAUGUUUUCUACCUUGUAAUUUUGUAAAAGAUUAUUUUCUUUUAAAAGCAUGCCUAAAUCAAAUUUAUUUGAUUUAUGCAA